CGUGAUAAUGCAAGUCCAUAGUAGUAUGUCAAGAGCACUGUCGCACGUGUCCACGAACGUUCGGCGAGGGUGACAGUGAUCGCCCUCCAAAUUCUAGUCUUCAUCCCUGCACGAAUAUGGUAGACGUCACGACGGCUUUGCCGACCAAUGGGGGAGGUUCGUUAAUUGGACGUACCAGAGGUGCUCUCAGGUCGGUACGAUCCGCUUUGGGCGAGAGCGGCGAGUACCUUCAGGGCCUAGGAAACAGAAUAGGAUCCGCUCUUAGUAGUAGCUUAGAGGAAAGCGAGCUGACCACAACCCCUUCUACGCCACCGUCGUCACCGCAGGCUCCACCUCAGGCCGUUAAGCCGGAGGAGCAAUUAGGACGACGGAAACUCCGACUUCCCAGAUUCGGCGCGGGAUUGUCGUACGAAGAUUACGAGGCGAUGGCGCGGCACAAAUUGGAGCGACAGGGAAGCGCCAAUAUGUCGCGGUCGCGCAAGUAUCCGCCCGGUAUGACCUACGAGGAGAUAGCCUCGUCGAGAUCGGCCUCGAGCAAGAAACAGGAGAGCCGCACGGAGCAGGACGACAUCAGUCCCGAUCGGGACAGUCAGGAAAGUAUAGAGCCCCUUCAAGAGCAGGACAUCAAAGCGACCGGGCCCGAUCCUUACGAGAAGUUGAAUUACAAAGCAGCGAGGGCGCCGACCCGCUAUCAGACGGUUGUUUUCCGUUUAGACAUGCCCUGUAGUAGCGAUUCCACAAGCGAUCAGGACGGAUACGGGCCCAGCACCAGUUUGGAUUCGAACAUGGACGGUCGCAGAAUGUGGCAGAGAUCGGGAUCGUCGUGUUCCGUUCAGUCAUGGGCUUCGAGUUUGUCGGCCGACAGCCAGUCGGAAGAAGCGGCCGCUGAGUUCAUGAAGGCCUUCGUUCCUCUGCUUUUCGACGCGCCUAACAGUAUCGAUCAAGAGCAGAAGGCUAAUUUCGGACAAAUGGUUCUAACAGAAUCGGGAAGAAUAUGGUUCUCCAGAGUGGUGAACGCGAGAAGGGCGCGCGCGUGUGUCUCGGAAGCUUCGUUUUAUUCGUUAGCGCAACACUUCGCGGUCGCGUUAUUCGAAUGUCACGAGGCGGACGACUUCGCGCCCGCUAAAAGCCUCAUGAACAUGUGCUUCACUUUCUACCACGAAGUCGAGGUUCCGGGAUUAGAGCCUUAUCGCGAAUACCUCUAUACGCAUUUGCGUGUUCAGCCGAUAUGGACGUCCAUGCGAUUUUGGACGGCUGCUUUUUUCGACGCGGUUCAGUGCGAGCGAGCGUCGAGACCGGUGCCUCCGCGACCGAAAUCCUUGGAUCAGGAAAGCAUCGCCACCGAGGAUCGAAAGUUCCAAGCAAAUAUCGUCUUCGGACAAUUAGGGACUUUUACGUGCAACAUGCAUGCUUUCGGCCUGUCGCGAACUUUAUGCACAGAGUUCCUACGAAAACAAUGCACCAUAGCGAAUUUAACGAAAGAACAAGAGAAGAUGCUGCAAGAUAACAUAGAUCGAAUGUUCGACGAGACGGAACCGUGGCGGUAAUGAAGAGAUAGCGCGUCGAUAUCGGAAAUCGCUUUGGAGUUGAAGUCAUUCAAGCAAUGUUUCAUCUUCUCGAAAAUGUUUCCGACAAACCGAACUGUAUUUUCGACAUACCGAGAGAGAAGCGUGGCGAGUUCGUCAAUCACGAACAAAAUCUUGUUGCUGUUGUUGAUGUAAAAAUUCGACGUUUGUUGAAUCUUAUGUCACCUUCGACGCUGGACACGUCAAUUUCAGAGAAGCAAACACUGCACAGUUUUGCGCCUUAAAUUCGAAAGAGCGUACACCGAGUCUUACUAUAUAUGUAACAAUAUUAAAGCUCUCUUUUACGAUUCUAAUGUAAAAGUUCUUCUACAAAAAUUUAUGCGUUAAGAAAAACAAUAUCUCACAAUGCUAAUGUCGCAGAAAAAAAAAAUAGCAAAAGAAAAAAGUCCGCAAGAGAAGCGGAAAGUCGUCUUUGAAAAAAAGAGAAGAAGAAGAACAGUUUCGAUGUUCGAGUUAUAAAAUGUUGAAAUUUAUAUUGCAACGAUAAAGUUACAGAAAUGACAAUAAACUUUUGAAAAUGUCGGGACUGCCAUGGGAGUCUCUGGCGGUUCGACUUAAACGUGGUUUAUCGAGUGCGAUUUCUUAUAACGUGCAGAGUGAGAGAAGAAAAUGUUUUUAUUAUGUAGUAGAGACAACCAACGUAAAAUUUAUAUUAUACGGUAGUCCGCGUGUC